AUGGUGUCUAAGGGGUGUAGUUUCAGUGCCGAUCAGAUUGCUGGUCGAUGGAAAAGCUUGAUGAGAGCUUAUAAAAACACUAAGGACCAUAAUGGUAAAUCCGGAAAUAGCUUGAAGAGAUACGAAUACCAGGACGAGCUGGAUGCCCUGUUUGAGUCCAACCCAUGCAUUGUACCAGAAUGUACUAGAUCAUCCGGAAAAAGGGCAGCUAAUGUUGUAGAACUAAGUGAGGAAAACGAAGACCUUACUGCCUCGGAUGCACAGAAUGCUAGAACUUCAAGUGUAAAGAAAGCUAGGAACAGAUCAAGUACAAAGGAGGUUGUGAUUUUAUUCAAAGAUUACAUGGAAGAACAGAAGAAAAAAGAAGCAGAUGACAUUGAAAGAAGGGAGAAAAUGCACAAUGAGAGAAUUUCUGUCGUGAAAAGCCUUGUCAGUGCCAUCACAAGCAAAUCAAACCUUCCCAGACCAAAUUCUUGUGCAGGACAAUAA